UGUGGUAAAGAGUAAAGUAUUCGGUUAUAAGUCAUUGGAUUCGUUUGUGGGUGGCUCCAAAGUGGAAGGUUCUCGGGUAGGGGAAGUUACAAAAUUACGAUUUUCAACAAACCAACAAUCUGGCUUGCAAUUAAAACAAGGCCUUUCGGUGCGCCGCUAAUUUGUAAUAAUUGACACCCACCUCUAAGGCUUUAAAAGAAACUAUAUAUACUCGCCCAUGGUCGGAAAAACUCAAUAGACCGUGCGUUUCUGUGAUACCUGUGCGAAAGAAACGUGUUCUCUUUAUAUGUUGGAUAACAUGAAGGUCACUCUACUUUUGUCGGUGAUUUCUUUGGUGUCACUUGCGUCUGCCAAGCGAUUUACCAGAAGUGGUUUCUAUUCCACUCCGAACACCCAAUACAUUCAACCGCUUAAUAAUGGAUAUUAUUCUUCGCAACCUGGUUACGAAUUUGUGGGGAGCACACCAUCACCUCCGAUAAAACCAAUUUAUGAACCACACGUUCCAAUCACUCCGGUUUAUCAUCAAUCAACGAUUAGCACAACUCCACUGCCAAUUUUAUCGACGCCUUCGACACCUUAUAACGAGGAUUACGAUAAUUAUAUUUCAAUUACCGAAUCGACACGUCCAAAAUAUUUUGGAACUAAUCAAUUUACUAAUCAAGCUUCUUACGUAAAUCCGGUUGUAGAUCCCGUUGUUGUGAAUCCACAUAUUAAUUCACAAAUUGCCAGUUUUUCAUCUCCAGGUCAUUCUGGAUUUGGUUCAAAUUCAUAUCCAGGUUAUAAUCUAAAUAGAUACGUUCCUCAUUACGCCGGUAAUGCUGCAGCUUAUAAUGGAAUUUACAAUUAUGCGCCAGCUUUUUAUAAAUAUCAAUACGCAGUGAAAGCACCUGAAUACGGUGUAGAUUUUGGUCAUCAUGAAGCAAGACAAGGUGAUGUGACUCAAGGAAGUUAUCAUGUUCUCUUACCUGAUGGUCGUUUGCAAAUUGUCGAAUACACGGCUGACUCAACGGGAUAUCAUCCGAGAAUAAGAUACGUACAUGUGGGCGCGGCCGGACUAAAUGGAUAUUAUUAAUGGAUUAUUAUUAUGCAAUUAGUUCCAUACGCUUACAUGCAUGACGAAUUAUGAUAAACGAUGUGCAUUUACG